AUGGUCAGUUGUUUUAUAUUCACCCAACGAAGGGAAUGAUUUGGUUGGCCAGCUAAUUGACGUUCGCCUCUUCAGGGUUAUACGUAGAGCGGUGCGCUUCGUCUACUCUUAAGAUAUUACAAUAUUGGCGAAAAGUUAUUUUAAACGAUUAAGGAAAUGGAGGUAAACGGUGGUCCUGCAAACCCCGCAGUGAUCGCUGAGGUAUCGUUCUCGUUUCAAGAUGAACUGACUGCGACCCUUCAAAACGCGCUCGGUGUUGCGGUAGAGAUCGCCGUUGCGGAGAUCACCAGACUGCUUGACAGAGCGCUGAGAGAUGUGCAGGGCAAGAUUCAAGAGGCUCUUCGGGACAACAGUGCGCUCAAGUUUAGGCUGCAAACUGCUGAAACGCAACUUUCUACUGUGUGUGGUCGCCUGGAUCAACAGCCACAGAGACUCGAUGAUUUUCUCAUCGGUAGUACCAAACAGUUGGUGACAAACCCUCCAAUCAGCUGUGGCAAGGUUCAGCGUGGGGGUCGGCAGUUAAAUACCCUUAACGUAGGACAACAAACCGAGCCCACUGUGAACUCGGAACAUGAUUAUGAGGUUUGUGGAUCCAAGGGAACUAACGUUAAUAUAUUCCAGCGAGGAUCAAUCCGUGGGAACCAAAAUGGAGGCGCGUGCGCUCAGACUUUAAACUCGGAUACACUUGAGGAAUCAACUCACUAUAGAUUAGAUGACACAAAUGACAUCAAGAAUGAUCAACACAGUAUGACCAAAACUGACCAGACAUGUGCUGGGACAGUUACAAGUGAGAGGUCAUCCCUUGAAGUGGCUGUAAAAGUGGAGAAAGAUGAGAGUUAUGAUGACCCAAUCCCAGUGUCCCUCUCUGUGGUGGAGGAGCCCAACUCAGACAGCCUUUCUCUGGCUCAGUCUCGACUAUUGGAAGACUGGAGACCUGAGCCAUUGCACACAGAGAGCUGCCAAUCAAACAUGCACUUUCAGUCCACCAACCAACCCCUAGACCUAGAUUUCCUGUCGUCCUCAAGCUCAGGUCAACAAGCCCACUUCCCAAAGCUCCACAACAACCAUUAUAAGAGUCUUGUUUGCCAUGCGUUUCCCCCCGGCCGGAGCCCUUAUCAUUGUAGCCUAUGUGGGCGAGACUUCAACCGUAAGCACCAUCUCAAGAUCCAUCAGAGGAUCCAUACAGGAGAGAGGCCAUACACUUGCUCUAUAUGCAGCGCACGCUUCCGUCACGCAUUGACACUCAAGCGCCACUUCCGCCUUCAUACGGGAGAGAAACCUUAUGUUUGCGGUCAGUGUGGAAAAAAGUUUCGAAAUGAUGGUGGAUUGAAGGUUCAUCAGUGUUCAUGACAACAGUUGUGUAAAUUCACUAUUAAUGUAUGUCUUGUGUUGGAGGACGAAUCCAAUAUAGGGUCCAAAGUUAUUAAAGGGAUAGUUCUCCUAAAAAUGAAAAUUCUGUCACCAUUUACUCGCACAUGUUGGGGUGACUUUGGUUAAUUUUCAAAACUAGAGAUGCACCGAUGUAUCAACCGCCGAUAUUUAUCGGCCGGAUUUUUAUCAGUUUAAAACUAUCGGCUAUAGCAUGAAAAAGGCUGAUGUAACAAACCAAUGGUUUAUUAGUUAACUGUGUGAAGGCACUGAGUUGUUUAAUGUAUGUUGCAUAAUCCAACAUUUUUCUCUGGGCAAAGUAAUUAAAUACUUCCUAAAACAAAAUUAAAUCUGUACAAAAUGCAGCAGGACUCGACAAUAAGGACUGCCCGUUUGGCCAGCGUGAACGACGCUCGGGACAGUUGAGUUGAAGGAACUGUCACUGUCCCGAUCAGGCCAGUGCUGCAUCUUCACGGAAGUUUGUCCUUUGCACUUGUUUAUAAGCCUUGCGAAUUUAAACAUUCAUAUGCAAGACGAUGCGAAAGAGAACUCGAUUCUACUCACUGUGUGAGAAGUUUUGUGUGCGCACACAUCCAAAGUUAUAGACCAUGUGCAAAUACUGAAUUGAGUUCUUUCACUUCUUCUAAUUCACACAAAAUUAUAUCAAAAUGCCCGUCUUGGCGAGUAUCCUUGUAAACAUAGUCGGUUAUAUCUUAAAUAAACAUUUGAGAAAUAAAA